AUGCAUCGCAACAGCUCGCCGAAUAAUAUGCAUGCCGACUACCCUUGGACUGCGUCCCCACUCAUAGUAUCGGCACCCAUGGCCAAAGUCGCGAUGCCCAAACUGGCUGUGGCCGUGUCUAGGGCCGGGGGUCUAGGGUUUAUUGCAGCAGGAUACCAUAGCGACCAUCUUGAGGAUCUGCUAGAGGAAGCUGAGGUUCUGCUCCAGGAAGGAGUCGCGGAUGUUUCGGUUGAAAAUGAGAAAGGAAUCCCAAAGACUUUGCCUAUCGGUGUGGGAUUCAUAACGUGGAGUGCCUCCCUGGAAAAUGCACUUCCCGCUUUUUCCAGAUACUGUCCUGCUGCUGUUUGGCUGUUUGCCCCACCGAAGGGCUUUCAGAAUCUUAUUCCUUGGGCCACCAAAAUCCGAGAGGCCACCGCAUCGAGGUCCAACAUCUGGGUGCAAGUCGGCUCUGUGUCAGAUGCUGUCGAGGUAGUCGAAGCCAUCGACCCGGAUGUCAUCGUGGUCCAGGGCAUAGAUGCUGGUGGACAUUCAUUAGCCCGAGGAGCCAGCAUUGUUUCUCUUGUGCCAGAAAUAAACGAUAAGCUUCAAGAACUUCGCCCCUACCCUCAGAAGCGAGCCAAUAUUCUAGCUGCUGGUGGCAUCAGUGACAGUCGAGGUGUCGCCGCGGCUAUGCAUCUUGGUGCGCAGGGGUGUGUUCUCGGAACACGGUUUCUUGCUAGUCCGGAAUCUAUGGUCGCUCGUGGCUACCAAAAGGCAAUUCUAGAUUCCUCAGAUGGAGGUAUAAGCACAGUUCGAACAAAGAUUUACGACAAAGUUCGCGACAUUCAUGGCUGGCCUGAGGGCUACGAUGGCCGCGGUCUGGUAAACAGGACCUUUCUUGAUCAUCUUGGAGGUCUCAGUGAAGUCAAAAAUCGCGAGCUCUACCGUGAAGAGCUGAAUAAGGGCGAUGAGGGAUAUGGACCUAACGGAAGGCUUACCACAUAUGCCGGGACCGGUGUUGGUCUCAUCAGAGAAGUAAUGUCCGCAGGGGACAUUGUGAAGUCUUUGCGUGAAGGUGCCCGCAAGAUUCUGUUUGCGCACCCAAGACUUUAG